CCCUGACGCUUAAACCGGCUAGGACGGAUGAAUCCCGACAGAUGGCUCUCUGUCCCGUGCACUCAUCGGUGCGCGUUAAUUCCCCGCAUUGGCUCGUGAGAACCGGCGAGGGUGCAGAUAGAGAAGGAGAAAAGAAAGAGACCGCUCACCAUACACGCUCGGAUUUCACUAGUGACGUAUAGCGGCCGGUGAGCUCACCCAGUGAGUUUUUGUAUGUACUUUUUUAACACAAAGAGUGGAACUCGUUUCCUACCGGCGUUUAUGUGUAUAUUGAGAAAUCAAAUUUGUAUUUACAAACAGCUGACAAUGCCCGUCCCUGACCAUUGAUUAAACCCAUUCAUCAAUCAAACUGAUCAUAUGUUCAUAGCAGAAUAUCUUGAAGAUGACGAGGAACCACCUUUGCUGCUCUGCUCUUGUCUUUCUCACGGUGUUUGGCUCUGGGGGGACUGCUGCGGUGCAGUGUCAGUGGGGGGAGGGCUGUGUGUGUCUGCAAUGCCCUGCUGGGCAGCAGCCCACCAAGGACUGUGGGCGGGUUGAGAGCCCAGAGGAUACGGUACGUUGCCAGUCUUGCCCCAUGGGCACAUUCUCAAACACCCUGGACCCUGAGCCUUGUCGCCCACACUCCACCUGUGAUGUCCUGGGCCGAAAGGUUGUGACCCCUGGUACCUCAACCUCAGAUACUGUGUGUGGCGACUGUGUGUCUGGCUUCCAUCCCACCACCAUGGGGAAACCCUCCCCCCAGCCCCCCUGUGUGGCCCCGGCCCCCCCCGCCGCCCCCCCCCUCCACGUGCGGGCAGUGCGGACCGUUGGGAAAAGUGCGGCGGGCGGAGGCGGGCCAGUGAACGGCACGGCGGUGCGCAGCGCCGAGGAGAAGACUGCUGAGUACGCCGUGUUCGCCCUGGUGCCCAUCUUCUGUGUGAUGGGCCUCCUAGGCAUCCUGAUCUGCAACAUCCUGAAGAAGAAGGGAUACCGCUGCACCGCCGAGAAGGAGGGCAUGGACGAGGAGAACGCCACACCGCAGAAAGAAGCCAAUGGUUGCCCCUACAUAGCAGAUGACCCCAACGAGGACACCAUCAGUGUUCUGGUGCGCCUCAUCACCGAGAAGAAAGAAAAUGCUGCUGCACUGGAGGAACUGCUGCUGGAAUACGAGAGCAAACAACUGGCCAUGAGUAAAGCCUCGUCAAUCAAGUUCCCAGUUCUAUCUCCUCUAUCUCAAUUCCACUCCCUCCCUAGAAUGUGCCCCCACCAGUCCCACCUCCACACCAUCUCCGGCCUGUCAGGCCUGGCCUCCCGCCACGGCUACCACUGCUCCCGCUGCGCCCAGCGCAAGUGGCCCCCAAUCCUGCUUCCCACAUGGGACCCCCUCAAACCCCAGCCCCCCCAGUCCCUCAUCCUGCCUUCCCUGGAGCCCCAGGCCCUGCAGAAGAGCCCCCUGCAGGGGGGAGUGUGCGUGGACACCCCACCCAAGUGUGCCCAGAGUCAGGGGGAGGUGGGGCAAGCAGGGGAGAGGAGGCCUGGGGGGCCUGGGGGGACUUUUCUGUCAGUGGGGAGGUUCCAAGUGGCCCAGAUCCCUGAACAAAAGCCUGUAGCUAUGGAAACGCCAAGGUCCAGGACCACAAGGGACGUAACAGAGGAGAAAAGAUCUCUUCUAGACCUCUUCAGCUCUUCAUCGUCCUCAUCAUCAUCCCACUGGGGAACCUAAAUCCAAGCCAACAACUGGAAGAGAGGAAUGCCGAGUAAGGACACUGCCUCGUCAUGAAAUCAUCAGAGGAGGGGUUCCAACAGCCUUCAGAGGAAAGGCUAGCCAGGAGACCCCUCAUAUUACUAACAUGAAUGACUACGUGUUUUAGCUUUUUGAUGAGCAUUUAUCCUCAACUUUCACAAGAGGGAAGAAAAUGAUAGCAGAGAGAGUGGGGGAGGGGGUGAGAGGGGAGAAAAGAGGACAGAUAUGAACAAAUAGCCCUUUUUAUAUCAAAUAUGGAAGACGGGUGGAACACACACACACAAAGACACUACUAGACACAGUUUUGCUUCCCUGUGGAGGGUGGAAGACCUUGACACUGUGCAAACACAAAUACAGCUACUUACACCCCAACACACACACACACAGGUAUUGUACAUGAAAAACGCCUUUCCACUGAAAACACAAACGUGUAUACAAAGGAUAUUUGAAACACCAAGUAUUAUCAAAAAAAAAAACAAUGUUAUUCUCUACCGGUUUUACAACAAUGUUAGCAAGUGUAGGUCUUCUUACAUUUGCAAUGCAGAACAUCUGAAGUUGUAGGUCUUCCUGCUCAUGGGGAAUUAUGUUUUUAACCCAAAAAAGCUUACGGGCAGGGUUUCUAAAACAUAUCGACAGUUCCCUAUCAUACAGUACACCUUCAGCAUGAACUUGCAACGCUUGUAGCACAAAACUAGGUCCAAUUUGAUUACGUCUGGAAGCAUAUUAGGCACUGUAAAUCAUGUACAUACAUGUAAAUAGGGGCCAUGGCUUGCCCUUUGGUUUCACACCUGGGCUUGCAGUUGUUGCAGAGGUGGAAGUGGACAUUGUUUAGAGAGAGUUUGGUGAGAGAGUAUGCCGUGCCCUUUGAGUUCAAUCUAAAGGGGAGGUUUACUGGUGACACAGUCUCUACUGUGGUUGCUGGGGUCCCGACUAGAAGCAGUGAGGUUGUUUACAUGUUGAGUUUAAAUGGGCUUAGUGACAGUGAGAUGAUUCCAGGUCAUUAAGAUCCCCAGCCUGGUUCUCUCUGCCCAACUUGUAUUGACCAAAGCAGCACAUCUGCUUAGGGUAGAAUUAUGAUUAAGCUUAAUCCUCUCCUCACUCAUUAGCAAGAGUUCCACACACACUAAAACAUGCAGCAAAACACCAUUGAAAUCUAAUUAAGUAUUACAGUAUGAGUACGGUGGAUGUCUGUGAAAGCAGCUAAAGCUUGGAUCUCUACUGACUCUUUAUCAGUUGUUCAUUUAGGACCAUAUCACCAAUUGACCAAAGGAAAAGAUUGCGGAAUAUACAGCCGUGGCCAAAAGUAUUGGGAGCGACAUACAUUUUGUGUUUGCAAAGCUUGCUGGGCAUUAGCAUUAAAUGACUGCUAACAUAAUUUCAGUAAGUCAUAUCAUCAGCACAGGGCAAAGUGUGAACUUGUUCUAGCCAGGUGAAAUCACUUUAUCAUUCUGAUUGGAUUUUAAGAGCAGAUUGACUGCUGCAAAAGAGGGGACUUCGGGGCAUAUUGAAAAUGUUUGCCCCGAAAAAGCUUAAAAAAAUAUGAAAUGUGCCUUAUUGUAUUCAAUAGAAACAUGUGAAACAUGUGAAAACAUUUUCCUCAAACACUGAACCAGCAAACUUUGCAAAACAUUUGUCAUUGCAAAAAUGUAUGACUACGACUGUACAGACAGUUUACUGCACACUCUUGUUCCAGUCAGUACAAGUAGUCUUAGUGGUCUGGCUCAAGCAAUAGGGCUGUUUUAACAGUUUACAUCAGGAUUAAAGAUGAAAGUGUUGGAUCAUUAUCAAGGAUUGUUAGUACAAACAUUAUAUGUUGAUGUUUUUUCAGUUCAGAACUAAACGUGUCUGGAUUGGACCAUAUUUAUUGGUUGAACGUUUCCAUGUUUCCGAUGUUAUUAAAUGUAACAAAGUGUUGCUCAAAGGAAGGAAAAAUAUAUAUAAUGCUCCUCUCUUCUAUGUUAGAGAUUGUAUUUAUUAUGACAUUUCCAUUUUUUCUGUAUGAUAUUUUUACUCUUGAAAUAAAGUGGUGUAUUUUGACCUUGA